UACAAAGGAUUCAGAUAAAACAGAAGGGGACAGAGCAGAACUACAUAAAGAGCAGACAGAAGUCUGUGUCAGCUGGUCAGAAGGUCAAAAGAAAGAUAGCAGACACCAGGUAAGAGAUUCAGCAUAUAGGUGCUUAUAUGCCAAUGCCAGAAGCCUCCGAGCCAAGAUGGGUGAGCUGGAGUGCUUGGUUGCUAACAAAGGAAUGGAUAUAGUGGGCAUAACAGAAACAUGGCGGAACAGUGUGAACCAGUGGGACACUGUUCUCCCUGGGUACAAACUCUAUAGAAAGGACAGGGAGGGGCGCCUUGGAGGUGGAGUAGCACUGUAUGUUUAAAAAAGGAGUAGAAUCUAACAAGCUAGAGAACCUAGGUGGACUGGAGUCCUCCACAGAAACCCUGUGGGUGACAAUACAAGGCCUGAAAGGAAAUGUGCUACUGAGGUCGUGCUAUCGCCCUCCGGAACAAAACACUGACAGUGACUGGGAGUUGCAGGAGGAAAUCAGGGAGGCAUCAAGGAGGGGCAGGGAAGUAAUAAUGAGUGACUUCAAUCACCCGCACAUAGACUGGGUAAAUUCACAAUCAGGUAAUGACAAAGAGGUCAAAUUUCUAGACACACUGAAUGAUUGUGCCCUAGAACAGCUGGUCUUGGAACCAACCAGAGAGAAGCUCACCUUGGACUUAAUCCUUAGCAGCACCCAGAAUCUGGUGUGUGAUGCCAGUGUCAUCGACCCUUUAGGGAACAGUGACCAUAGUGUGAAUACUGUGACCAUAGUACAAAUUCAGCAUACAUCUGGGGAGAGAAUCACCAAGGAAGUCUAACACAGACACUUUGAAUUUCAGAAGAGGAAACUUCUCCAAAAUGAGGAGUAUGGUGAAAAGAAAGCUGAAAGGGAAAAUCAGGAGAGUCACUUCACUCCGGAAUGCAUGGAGUUUACUCAAAACCACAAUACUAGAAGCCCAGUUAGAUUGUAUACCCAAAAGGAGGAAAGGUACCACUAAGUCCAGGAAGAUGCCAGCAUAGCUAACAGGUAACAUCCAGGAAGCCAUAAAAGGGAAGAAGACUUCUUUCCAAAAUUGGGAGGUCUGUCCAAAUUAAGAGAACAGAAAGGAACACAAACUCUGGCAAAAGAAAUGCAAGGUGACAAUAAGGGAGGCAAAAAGAGAGUUUGAGGAACAUUUAGCUAAGCAUCAAGGGGAAUAACAAAAACUUCUUUAAAUACAUUAGCUGCAGGAAACCUGCCAGGGAGGCAGUUGGGCCAUUAGACAAUGAGGGAAUGAAAGGGAUUAUUAAGGAGGAUAUGGAGGUUGCAGAAAAGCUAAAUGAGUUCUUUGCGUCUGUCUUCACGGCAGAGGAUACUGAGCAUAUACCUCUUCCUUAACCAGGCUUUUCAGGGAUGGAGGCUGAUGAACUGAGUCAGAUAGAAGUGACAAGAGAUGAUGUUCUAAAAUGUCUGAAAAAACUGAAAUGUAACACCGAUUCUCAAAAAGGGAUCCAGGGGCGAUCCGGGAAAUUACAGGCCGGUUAGCCUAAUGUCCGUUCCAGGCAAAUUGAUGGAAAGCAUCCUCAAGGAUAAAAUUGUAAAGCACCUAGAAGAACAGGCCCUGCUGGGAGUGAGCCAGCAUGGCUUCUGCAAAGGUUGCAUUUCAAGCUGAAUAUGGCAAAAGGCGACACUGGCGUGCGAUGUUUCCAAGCCUUGCUGAUCCUAGGGAAUGUUGUCCUUGGGUGUUGUGGCCUUGCACUGAUGGCAGAGUGCAUAUUCUUCGUGUCGGAUCAGCCAUCAUUGUAUCCCCUGCUGGAAGCCACUGACAACGACGAUAUCUAUGGUGCUGCCUGGAUUGGAAUCUUCACUGGCUUCUGUUUCUUUUGCCUGUCUGUCCUUGGUAUCGUUGGAGUCCUAAAGUCAAACAGGACAAUGCUGCUGGUGUAUAUCAUCCUGAUGAUGAUCGUCUUUGCCUUUGAAGUGGCCUCCAGCAUCACAGCAGCAGUGCAUCGAGACUUUCUUACUCCCGAUCUCUUCUUGAAACAAAUGCUAGAAAAAUACCAGAAUCCAGACCCUGAAAACAAUGAUGACAAUUGGAAGAGUGCCGGCGUUACGAGGACAUGGAACCGUCUCAUGUUGCAGAAUAAAUGCUGUGGUGUUAAUGGCCCGACAGACUGGCAGAUGUAUACCUCUCUCUUUAGGAAGGUAAACAGAGAUGCAGAUUUUCCUUGGCCACGCCAAUGCUGUGUCAUGGAUACCCUGGGAAAGGCAAUCGACGUGGACAGCUGCAGAUUGGGAGUGGCUGGCUAUUACCACAACAUGGGCUGCUAUGCAACAAUUGCUGACCCAAUGAACAGACAUGCCUGGGGUGUUGCCUGGUUUGGAUUUGCCAUUCUCUGUUGGGCAACCUGGGUCCUUCUUUGCACCAUGUUCUACUGGAGCAGAAUUGAAUAUUAAAACAACAACAACAGUGUCCUACCAACUGUCCUCCUUGAAGUCUACUUUUUUUUUUUUUUUGGAUAAUGCAAUGUCUUGUUAUUUAACUUGUAUGUAAGUUCUGGAGAGCCUUCAUUAAUUUCCUUCUCUUCUGCAGAGUGCUUUCUUUCGCCCUCAUUUCAAAUACAGCAGAUAUAAUACCUGCAAGAGGGGGAAUGAAUGGUUUACUUACUCUGCUCUGUGCUCUAAAACGUCUGUGUUAAAACACCAUUGGAUGGGUAUGCUGCACUCGGAAGUAGCAGUAGAAAUGUCUCCAAAUACAUCAACCAAUUUAAAGGCAAUUGUCUGGAGCAAGUAUGUUUCAAGAUGUAAUGCACCAUCAAGAGUAUUGCUGAAACUAUCAUUUCCCUCUGCUUUGUGUGUCAGCUCUUUCUGCGGCAAUGUGUGAAGUAUUUUAAUAGAUCUGUCACCUGCUUAAGUAUAUAGGACACAAGCAACUCUAUCUAGGAACGAAUAUAUGUCCACCUAGAGAAUGUUGACUUGCAUGGAGUUAGUCUGCUCAUGGUGGUGAUUGGUGAUCUUCACGUAUGACACUGGAUUCAUUACUACCUCUCUCAACUGAUCACUGAUAACUUUGCAAUAUUGUGUACACUUCCUUGUGAUACUGGGUCCAUCCCUUGUGAUAUUUUGUGUGUAACUUGCUUGGGAAAGCUGUUCAAACAACCAGACUUAAAUAGUAGAAGAAUUUUCUUUGAAAUCUAUUAAAUGGACAGUUGUAUUAACACUUUUCUUCUCCUCUUGACUUAAAUAUGCUGGCUCACAUAGUGCAACAUGAGCUGUUUGUCUAUGUGGCAGGUGUGCUCGCUGCUUCUGUGGCAAUUUAAACCCCACCAGCGCAGCUUGUGAAGGUGGAGAGGCUCCAUGCCUACUAAGUGGGAGUGUAUUCCCAAUGGGAGUAGCAGCAGGAGUGAAAGGAUGUGCUACUUAGGAGACACAGAGGCUUUUACAAGCCAUGUCUAUGGGGCUUAAAGUGAUGUGGGAAUAGUGAGCACAUAUUCACCCAUUCUGUGGUAUGCAAGCCACUAUCACAAUAACUAACUAGAUGGUCAUGCUUAUCAACAAGUACGUUAUAUUCCCAUGUAACUGGCCAACUUGUUAUACAAGGGAUCUUUUGAAAUUAACCCGUACUAAUAUUUUGUACCACAUUAAUCCGUGUAGUUUCGGGGUGAUAUUUUGUUACUUGUACAGAAUGUUUUAAGAUGAGAACUUUUUUUAAAAUGUACUGUAAGCUCCAAUAAUAUCUCGCCUGCUUGGUUCAGAAUUCCUGUAUAUUUUGUUCUUCACAUCUUUAAUAAUAAAGUGGAGUUUGAAAAGAAGACAAA